AUGUAUUUAUUUUUAGCGAAACGGUGUUUUUUAGUUCAUAAUAAUAUUUAUAGGAAAAUAUUUUUAUCAAGUGAUUUUUUAAAAAAGUUAAUUAGUAUAAAAUGUCGUAGCUAUUCAACUUUAAAAAGUAUCUAUGAAUAUGAUUAUACAAUUGAGGAAAAUUUUCCUUACGAUGGUUUAAAUAAAAAUGUAAGUGAUAAAGAACAAUCAUUGUUAUUAAGUGAUUACAUUAAAUUUGAUAAUGACAAGAAAUUAAAACACAUACUUUUUACAAACAAUAUAGAGGACCUCAUACACCAUUUUGAGAAAAACUUGAAUGAACUAAAAAGUCAUGAAUAUAUAUUUUUAUUAUUCAAAAUAUAUGAAAUAAUAUUUUAUAACUUUGUUCGUUAUUAUGAACACUCAGAAAUUUUGAAACUUGAAAAUCCAAAUUUUAUAUAUUAUACUUUUACACAAUAUAUGAAUAAAAAUUUAAAAGAUUAUUCAGACAAAAUAAAAAGUUUGGAUCAUGAAUGUAAUGAUGAGAUAUUUUUUGAGAAUAUUCAAUGUUUUAAUAAUGAUAUGGGCGAACAAGCAAAUGAAAUGAAUCUCGAAAGGAAUGAUAUAUAUAAUAUAAAUAAUAAUAAAAAUGAUGCAAAAGAAAAUAACAAUAUGAAUAGUCCUUGUAUUACCAAUAAUACAAAAUGUAAUGAGGAUAUGAUUAUUAAUACAUCUUAUCAUGGUGAUAAAAAUAUUUUGGAAAACAUAUACACCAAUAUGGUUAAUAAAGGAGAAAGAAAAAAUGACACGAUAUAUAAAUUUAUUAAUGAAAAUAAAGUUAUUAACAGUAUAAAUGAUAAAGAAAAUAAUAAUCCUAACACUUAUGUGACAAGUGAAAAUUAUCCUGACACCAAAGAAAAUAACACAAAAGAAGAUAACCAUAUUUUUAAUAUUGAUAUAAAUAAGUUCAAUAUAAAAAUAUUAAUAAAAAUAUAUUAUGAUUAUAUAAUAUAUAUAGAAGACUUAAAUAUUAAAGAAAAAUGUUGGAAAGAAUAUGUUUCUUCUUUUUUCCUUAAGAAUAAGAAAUAUGAAAAAUUAUAUUGUUCUAUAUUAAAUACAGUGUAUAAGAAGAUAUAUUUUUUUCCAUGUAUUGAUAUUAUUAAUUUUUGGUAUAUCAUAAAAAGAAUAAAUAUAUAUCCUAUUAAAGAUUUAUCUUCAUUAGUUAUAAAUAAACUUAUGGAGAAUUUGAAAUAUCUUGAUGAAAAAUAUUUAGUCAGAUUAGGAUAUAUAUAUCUAAACAAUUCAAAUAAAAAAAGGAAUCACCAUUUUAUAUCAUCCAACCAUAAUAAUUGUAGUAAUAAAGAAUUUAUAGACAUGUAUAUACAUAUGAUACAAAAUAAGGUGAAAAAUAUGAACAAUAAUAAUUUUAUAAAAAUUUUAGAAUAUGUAAGCAAUAAUAAUUAUAAACAUAUACAAUUUUUUAAAGAAUGUAAAAAUGAAAUAUAUAAAAGAUAUAAUAAUUUUACUCAAGUACAAAUUUUUAAAUUAUUUUACUUGUAUUCACAAAAUAUUAAUGCAUCUGAUAAAUUAUUAAUGAAUGAUCUUUUAAAGUCAAUUUUACAAAUAUUUUCAAAACAAAAUGGUUAUAAACAUAUUCAUUCGGAUGGAGAAAUAAGAUGUGAUAAAAAGCACACAAAUGAUAAGAAUGAAUUACCUUAUGAAUUACAAGACAACAGCAUAAUAACGGUUCCUUUAUCCAUUUUAUUAAAUGCCUUAUGGACAAAUGCAAAAUAUUUUAAAGAUUUUCCUUUAUUAUUAAAAUAUAGUGAACAAGUAAUUUUAAAAAACAUAAAGAAUUUUAGUAGUUCAACUAUUAGUAUGCUAAUAUGGGCUUAUAGUACUGUAGAGAAUAAAAGAAGAGAACAAAUAGAAUUCGAUCAAAAUAUAUAUGUAGAAUUAAAAAAUAAAGCAUUAGAAGUUUUUCAAAACAUGACACCUAAACAAUUAUCGAAUAGUUUGCUGGGAAUAUCAACUACUAUUGGUAGAACAAUAGAUAAUGAAGGAAAUGUAAAUACUGAUUUUCAUGAUGCAGUUGAAAAGUAUUUAUUAGAUUGGGAAGAAAAGGAUGAAAAUAGGAAGAAUAGAAAGAGACAUAAAAAUAAUAAUAAAAGUGAUAAUAAAAAUUAUAACGAAUACGAUAAUAAUAAGAAGGAUUAUCAAAAUGGAGAAAAUAGUACAUCAUUUCGAAAUCGUAACUUUUUAAAUUUUUUUACAUCAGAAGAUUUAGCUAAUAUAUGUUAUUCAUAUGCCUUAGUUAGAUGUGGUAGUAAAGAAUUACAUUUUCUAUUACAAUCAUGUUUAUUAAACAAAUUGUAUGAUCUUUCACCACAACAUAUAUCAAAAAUAGCUUAUACAUAUGGAACAUUUUAUUUUUAUUCCUCUUAUUCACUUUUAAGUUCCUUACAAUAUGAAAUAUUACAGAGAAUACAUCAAUUUUGUCACUUAGAACUUUCUGACAUCUUAUGGUGUUAUUGUGUGAAUAAAUUUUUUGAUAGUAAAUUUUGGAAAUUUGUAUUACAAAUAAUAAAUUUUGACAAAAUAUAUGACCCUAGAUGUGCUCUUUUAUAUUCUUCUCUUUCAUAUAUGAAUAUAGUUGAUUCCUCUAUUUUGGAAUCUCAUAAUGUUCUAAAGAUUUUUAAUAAUUUAAGGGAAUAUUACUGGGAUUUGCAAAUAUGUGAAUAUCCUCACGCAUUUGCAAAUGAAAUUGUAAAUACAUUGAAUAAAGAAAAUGAAGAAUUAUUAUCUAAAGGAGUUCAUAAUAAUAUGAAAGUAUCAAAAGGUAAUGACAUGGAUAUAGAUGAAAAAUUGUUAAAUGAGAAUUUACAAGCUGUUUAUUUGCCAUCCCAAAAAUUAUCAUCUGAUAACAACCAUAUACAAAAUGAAAAUAUUCCUACAUUUGAAUAUGUUAAAAAAUUAAUUGAUUUUGAAGGGUUUCUAGUUGAUAUAUAUUUCGAAUAUAAGAAUGAAAAAUAUGCGGUUUUUUUGUAUACACCACUUAAUACUACAAGAGAUCAAUAUCCUCUUGGAGAAAAUAUAUUAAAAACAAGAUAUAUGAAGAAAAGAAAGUUUAAAAUAAUACAUUUGUUGUAUGAUGUGUGGAGAGAAUAUAACCACAAGAAAAUUAAUUUGAUAUAUUCUCAACUAUAA